CAAAAUGUUCUACUUUGGAGAGGUGGUCUUUAUAUCGAUCCAAAUAAAACCAAAACAAAAUUAAUUUCUUACCAAACAAACACAUUCGGUCAACCCAGACCCACCACCACAAAUCGCCACCGUACCACCCAAAACCUCCGGCAAUCGCCACCAUAUCUACUAUCAUCAUAAAUUCAAAGCUAAUCCCCCCAAACCCAAUAAAAUAAAAUACAAAAUAAAUUAAUAAUGAAAAGCCCAGGUGAGAAAAAUGGACUUGAAUCAAAGAAAAGAGAGCAAGGUGAAAGUGAAAGUAAGGUAAAGAAGAAAGUUAGAAUUGUGAAGAAAAUAGUGAAGAAAAAAGUGAUUAAAAAGGUACCUAAACGUUUAUUAGUUGUUAAAGAUAAUGAUAAUUUAGAUAAUAAUGUUGUUAGCCCUAAUGAUAAUAUUAGUGAUUUAGUAGUAGAUAAUGAAGUUGUAGUAAAUGAAAAGGGUAAUCUUGUUGCUGAGAAUGUGAAGGAGGGUGAGGCUAGUGGUAGCGAAAAAGGCGGGUUUUGUAAGGAUAAUGUUAGUAUGGAAAUUGAGAAUGUGAAAGAGGUUGAGGUUAGUGGUAGGGAAAAGAGUGUUUGUUUGGUCGAAAACGAUGAUUCUUUGACGGGUUUUGAAAAUUUCGGUAGCUUUAAGGGGAAUGAUAAUAUUGUUAUGGAAACCGAGAAACUUAAUGUUGCUGAUAAGAAGGAAGUUGAGGUUAGUGAUAGGGAAAAUAGUGUUUGUUUGGUCGAAAACGAUGAUUCUUUGAUGGGUUUAGAAAAAGUUGCUAGCUUUAAGGGGAAUGAUGAUGUUGUUAUGGAAGUCGAGAAGUUUGAUGUUGGUAAAAAGGAAGUUGAGGACAGGAAGGAGGUUGAGGUUAUAGAUAGGGAAAAAGUUAGUGUUGGUUUGGUUGAAAGUGAUGAUUCUUGUAGGGAUGAAAGUGAGGUUAGUGGUUUCGUGAGUUCGUCAAUGUUGGUUGAUCGCGAUCGGAUUGAAUUGGAAGAUGGUGUUAACACUAUGGAUGUAGUGGAACAUGAAGGUGAGGAGGAUGAAGAGAGUUACCAAACGGAUGUUGGAGUAAGUGAAAGUGUAAAAGUUGAAGAAAAUGUGAAGGAGAUUUUGGUGAAUAGUGAAACAGAUGGUAUGAAAUCACGGGAAGCUGUUAAUGAGACGAGAGAAUGGAGUGAAGAAAUGGUGGUAUCGUGGUGGCGUAUGAAGCAAAGGACAAAGAUUUUUAUCCAUGGGUUGUGUAAUGAGACAAAGGAAGAAGAUAUUAGAAGAGUUUUUGAAGAGUUAGGUGAGGUUGUUGAAGUGAAAAUAAUAACAAAUUUCAGAUCAGGGAAAAGCAGGGGGUUUGGCUUUGUUAGAUUUGCUUCAGGAGAGCUUGCUAAUUUGGCCUUGACAAAAUUCAGCAAUGUCGAGAUUUGUGGAAGCAUGUGUCACACAGCCGUUGUUGAAGGGAAGGAUACUAUUUUACUGAGUAAUAUUGAUAACGAGUGGAACGACCAAAAUGUCCUUGCAUUGCUGCAGGAAAUUGGCAUCACAAAAAUAAAUGAAGUCACAGUUGUACCCGACUCUGAAAACACUGAGCUGAAUCGUGGAUUUGCUUUUGUUGAAUUUGAAACAAAAAGGGAUGCUCAAAUGGCUUACCUUACACUUCAAAACAAAAAUGUUUUUGGGAAACAUUCAAAAAUAAAAGCUGGAUGGGCCAAGUCAGUGGCUGAUCCGGUCGAAGAAGAGAUGCAUAAUAUCAAAUCGGUUUAUGUUGAACAGUUACCUUCCUCAUGGAACGAAAAGGAAGUGAGAGACCAUUUCAAAAUGUUUGGUGAAAUUGAAAGCAUUGCUCUUGCCAAAAAUCUCUGGUCAACUAAGAGAAACGACUUUGCUUUUGUCAAUUACAAGACAUGUAAGGCUGCCCUUUCGUGUAUAGAGACAUUGAGUUGCAAGAAGUCAACUGGGUACAGUGACCCACAGGCACAUCUGAAGGUUUCUCUUGCAAAGUCAGUGCCAAAAGGCAAGUCAAUCAAGACCAUUCCUGAGUCUGUUGUUACCCAGUCUACUAAGGUUAGCCAAAAAGCAAAUCAAUCAAGACCAUCUCAGAGUGGAUAUCAAAAGCUAAGCCAGUCAAGACCAUCUCAGAGUGGAUACCAAACGGCAAGCCAAUCAAAUCCAUCUUGGAGUGGAUAUCAAAAGGCAAGCCAUUCAAGACUAUCUCAAACAUAUUUAGGUGUCAACAAUAACAAUAUGAAGGUAUCGAAUGUUAUUAGACAUGAAGCUGGUAUAAAAGAUGGGGCAUCUUCAACUACCAAUGAACUUGUACAGCUUUUAAGGGAACAGGCAUCAUGGAAGCUAGCUGGAUCAAGUCCAACUGCAGGCUUGAGCAUUGGUCAUCAACAACCCUUCUCUGGCAGAAAGCAAGUGGUCACAGAACUGGGGAGCAGACCAUUAUAUCAUGAUCCUCGAGCAUACCACCAAACCCAUCUUCAAAUUCCUAAUGCUAUACAUAACAGGCAAAGAGCGACGUACUUGCCUCAUUAUGAUCCGCAACGUGCUCAUCACACUGCUGGGUCAUUCAAUAUGGUCGAAGCUAAUCCUAGUCACUUUCAGAUAAGAGACCAAAUGACUUACCCUGCAAGUGGUAGUGUAUACAGGCGAAUGCGUUAGUUGUUGCAGAGAUGUGCAGGACUUGCUAACUUCUAAGGCGGCAUUGUCUAUGGAGGCUGCUCUAUUCAUAUGAGGUCAAAAUGUUGAUGUACGAAUACCUUGGUUACAUAUACCAAAAUAUUAAUGCAGAGUUCAAGUAAAUAUCGGGUCUUUUAAUGUUAAAAAGUUAUAGUUUGUGCUCUUUGUACAUCUAACGUAUUCACAGAAAAAAUGUUUUCUUUACGACCAUGCAAAAUUAAUGUGUAA